AUGGUUCAAAUCUUCAAAUCGUCGCUGAUUUUCGAUUUCGACUUCAAAACGACAUCUGUGGCGUAUCUCAAUCGGUACCCCAACCCCUACGCCCAACAUGUGCUUAGUUCUGAUACUCUCGAAUGCUUUGUGGAUUCGGAGGGCCGGCUUAACACGACACGGCUAGUGGUCAAAAAAGGCCUGCUUCCCGAAUUUGUCAAGCCGUUCAUGGGCAACAAGAGCCUCGAGCUGUGGGUGAUCGAAAAGUCCAUUAUCGACCGAAAUCUGAAAAAAGUGUUGGCGUACUCUGCUAACGUCGACCACCGCCGGUUCGUGAAGGUAGAGGAGUUCCUCGCAUACAACUGCUCUCUGGGGCUGACCAACUUGAAAGUCAAUGUGCGAUUUUCUUCUAAUUUCUUUGGCCUAAAACGGAAGAUCGAGCAGUGGAGCAGAGACCGCUUCACCCGAAACUUGCUGGAUCAUCGGAACGGCUUCAUGUAUGUCAUAAACAAGCUCAAGCAGGCCUCUCCGGGAACCCCUGCACUAAACGCGUGA